GCGCAGAUCUGCAUUUCCCAGAGCACUGGGUAUGUGCCCUCCCCCGGUGCUGCGGGGCUGGAGAACAAGGGAGGGUCCGACUGAACCGCGAAGACCUUCAUUAAUCCCCCUCGUGCCGUGCCCGGCCCGGGCCCUGCUCCCGCUGGAGCUGCCCCGGGCUCUGCCCGCCCCGCUGCGGAGCUGCAGCCGCCAGGGGCUGGUGACCUUCGAGGAGGUGGCUGUGUAUUUCACCAGGGAAAAGUGGGGUCUGCUGGACCCAACUCAGAAAACUCUGUACAGAGACGUCAUGCAGGAGAACUAUGAGAAUGUGACCUCGCUGGGGUUUCCAGUUUCCAAACCUGAUGUGAUCUCCCAGCUGGAACAAGGGGAAGAGCCAUGGGUCCCAGACCUCCAGGGUUCAGAGGAAAGAGAGAUUCUGAGAACUAUCUGCACAGCAGGUGAUGCAAUGGUAUGUGAGAAAGAGGAGGAGAAUUCUCAGCAGGAAAAUGUUGAGCAAGUGGAUAAACACAGAGAACUAUCGCAAAGAUCAAAAAGCAAUGUAUCCAGGAGUCAUGAGCAGGGACAAUCCUGUGAGAUUCAGCACAAACCAGAAAGAGAGCAUGGAAACCAGCCAGGGGAGAAAGUGGAUAAAUUUAUUUCCAGUUGGAGAACUCAGAAGGACAUCAAGGAAACCACAACACAGCAGGAAAUCCUCAGGGGAAAGAGAAAAAAUACAUUCACUGAGUGUAGGAAAAACUUACGUGACUACUCAGUCCUUAUAAAGCAUCAGAGAAUCCACACAGGGGCAAGGCCCUAUGAAUGCAGCGAGUGUGGAAAAUGCUUCACUAAGAGCUCAGCCCUUUCUGAACAUCAGAGAAUCCACACAGGGGAGAGGCCCUAUGAAUGCAGUGAGUGUGGGAAAAACUUCACUUACAGAUCAGGCCUUUUUCUCCAUCAGAGAAUCCACACAGGGGAGAGGCCCUAUGAAUGCAGUGAGUGUGGGAAAUGCUUCACUAGCAGCUCAGCCCUUUCUGAACAUCAGAGAAUUCACAAAGGGGAGAGGCCCUAUGAAUGCAGUGAGUGUGGAAAAAGCUUCACUCAGAGAGCUGGCCUUUUUCUCCAUCAGAUAAGUCACAGAGAGGAGAGGCCCUAUGAAUGCUAUGUGUGUGGGAAAACCUUCAAUCGCAGUUCGCACCUUAUUAGGCACCAGAGAAUCCAUACAGGGGAGAGGCCCUAUGAAUGCAUUGAGUGUGGGGAAAGCUUCACUAACAGCUCAGCCCUUUCUGAACAUCAGAGAAUCCACAGAGGGGACAGGCCCUAUGAAUGCAGUGAGUGUGGAAAAAAAUUCACUCGCAGAUCAGGCCUUUUUCAACAUCAGAGAAUCCACACAGGGGAGAGGCCCUAUGAAUGCAAUGAGUGUGGGAAAAGUUUCACUAGCAAAUCAGCCCUUUCUGAACAUCAGAGAAUCCACACAGGGGAGAGGCCCUAUGAAUGCAAAACCGGGACGUCAUGUGAUGGGAGAACACAGACAGGCCCUGCACCGGGGGAUGGAAGGCUGAAAUGGCUGCCAGGUGCACACUGAUGGAGGAGGGUGCCAGGCCUUGGGUCCAAAGGGACAGGAGGUAAUCGAGGACAAGCUGGCUAGGGACGGAAGAGGGAGAGAAACCUCUAUCCCUCGCCCACAUAGAGAAUCUAUACCACUUAGCCAGGUAGGUUCACUGCGUGGAGGGUUUCCUACUUUCCAGCAGGACCCUUCUCACAUCCUCAGAACAUCUCCCCUCCUCCUCGUUCAACCACGAAGCAGCCAAGCUGUCAGAUGGAGCGCGGCUAGGUUGGGAUGGAGGAGGCGACCUUCUUCCUGGGAGAGAAAGUCCGGGCGUAGUGGGAGCCUGCAAGGAGGGGCCACUAAGAGUUGCAGCAGGGACCCGUACCAAUGCUCACGGGCCCAAUCCGGGGCUAUGAGGAUCAUACUCGCCCCGUCUGACUUCACCUUUUGUAGGACCCUCUCUAUUAAGGGGAAGGGCGGGAAGGCGUACAAGAGGGGCCCUGACCAUGGGAGCAGGAAUGCAUCCGAUAUGGCCCCUUCGCCCUCUCCCACUCUGGAGCAGAAUUGAGAACACUGUCGAUUCUGGGUGGUGGUGAACAGAUCUACCUGGGGAGCACCCACUGUAGGAAGAUCCACCUGAUCACCUCCUUGUGCAGGGACCACUCGUGUUGCUGGGAGAAUACCCUGUUCAGGCGGUCUGCGAGCGUGUUGCUCUUGCCGGGCAGGUAAAAGGCCCGAAGGAGUAUACUGUGGGCUAUACAAAACUCCCACAGGAGCUGGGCUUCCUGGCAUAAGGCCUGGGAAUGCGUGCCCCCCUGUUUGUUGAUGUAGUACAUGGCGGUCAUGUUGUCCGUGAGGACUCUGACCACCUUCCCUUGUAUGUGCUGGCGAAAUGCCACACAUGCCAGGCGUACGGCCCUGAGCUCCCUGACAUUUAUGUGCAGGGUUAGCUCCUCUGGUGACCACAUACCCUGGGUCCUGAAAUCCCCCAUGUGGGCUCCCCAGCCCAGGUCCGAGGCAUCAGACACUAGAUCUAGUGAGGGAUGAGGCUCUCAGAAGGGGAUACUGCAGAGCAUGUUGCUCGGGAGGGACCACCAAUGGAGGUCUGCCACCACCCUGGGCGGCACUGUGACAACCUUGUCCAGGCAGUCCCUGGCCUGGGAGUACCGGGAGGCCAGCCAAAGCUGGAGGGGUCUCAUCCGAAGCCUGGCAUGUCGCACCACAUAGGUUCAUGCUGCCAUGUGGCCUAGUGUUUGAAGGCACAGGCGUGCCGUGGUUAUUGGAAAAGCUGUGAUGGAGGCAAUGAGAGCCUUGAGCGUCUCGAACCUGUCCUGUGGGAGAGAGGCCGUGGCUACUUGGGAAUCUAGCAGCGCCCCUAUGAAUUGUAUGCGCUGGACUGGAAGUAACGUGGAUUUCUCCUUGUUUACCAGUAGGCCUAGAGCCCCGCAGGUGUCUAGCAGGAACUUCAUCUGCUGCUACACCAGAGUGCGAGACAAGCCCUUGAGCAGCCAGUCAUCGAGGUAGGGGAAGAUCUGCAGCCCUUGCCUCCUGAGGUGGGCCGCCACCACUGCCAUACACUUUGUAAAUACCCUGGGGGCAGUAGAAAGGCCAAAGGGGAGGACUGUAAAUUGGAAGUGGUCCUGACCCACCAGGAAACAGAGGUAGCACCUGUGACCCUCGAAAAUGUGGAUGUGAAAGUAUGCAUCCUGGAGGUCCAGCGCAGUAAACCAAUCCCCCUGGUCUAGGGAUGGAAUAAUAGAGGCCAGGGACACCAUGCAGAAUUUGCAGUGCACGAGAAACUGGUUGAGGUUCCGCAGGUCAAGGAUGGGCCGAAGCCCACCCUUUGCCUUGGGGAUGAGGAAAUACCUGGAGUAAAAACCCUUUCCCUGGUAUUCCCGAGGUACUCAUUCUACUGCUCCCAGAAAGAGGAGGCGCUCUACUUCCUGGUAAAGAAGUAAGGCAUGCUCUAGGGACCCAUCGGGCUGCCCGGAGGGGGAACAAGUGGGAGGGGCUGAAACAAACUGCAGCUUGUAUCCUUGGCAGAUGGUACUGAGGACCCAUUGGUCCGACAUGAUAUGGGACCACUGCAGUCAGAAGUCCGAUAAAUGGUUUAGAAAAGGUAACUUUAUUAACUGGGUGGGGGGUACACUGGCAACAGGCCCAGUGACCCCCCUCAACAAGUCAAAAACGCCAUUUUCCCUGCUGUUUGGCCUUCGAGGUCCCCAGCUGUGGGGCCGAGUGGGAUUAGCGUUGGGACCGACGUCUUUGAUCCCUCUGCCGCUUAGGCGGGGGUUCAUAUCUGCCCCUAGCGGAGCAGAGGGUUGAGGCCUGGGUUUGUCCUUAGCAGGCAGGACGUAGAGGCCUAGCAUCUGCAGGGUGGUACGGGAGUCCUUCAUCGCAUGCAGACAGGUGUCUGUCUGGUCCACGAAAAGGGCCUUGCCAUCAAAUGGCAGGUCCUGCAUUAUGGACUGGGAUUCUGAUGACAACCCUGAAAGUGAGAGCCAUGCCGCCCGUUGCAUGGAGACAGCGGUCACCAUCAAAUGAGCGGCUGUGUCUACAGCGUCCGAAGCCGCCUGGAGAGCCGCUUUGGUGGCGGUCGCACCCUCCUCAACCAACGCUCUGAACUCCUUCACCUCCUUGUCAGGAAUGAGGGGCUCAAAUUUGGGGAGGGAUCCCCACAGGUUAAACUCGUAGCGGCUCAGAAGCGCCUGAUGGUUGGCCACUCUAAGCUGGAAACUCAUUGACAAAUAAACCUUUUUACCAAAGGCA